AACUUCAUCAAUGGUGGGCACCUUAAAAAGGCCUCCUGCAAAUCAAGAAGUCGUCCUUUGGGUGCGGGUCUGCCAAAAGAGAGGACCAUAGAUCACGAGAUUGCCAUCCCUCUGAAGGAUGAGGACGUAGGGGCCAGGAGCUUUGGAAGUUGGAACCGGUGCUCCAGACGGCGGUGUUGUUCUGACUGUAAAUGAGGAGGUUGCCGUCCAACUGUAACUUGAGGGUGCAGUUCUUCCCUCCGCCGCUUGUGUCAGAGGACCAAAUGCUAAUUCCGCCUCUUUUGAGCACCAAAUUGCAGACGCUCUGCAUCGUGAGGACGUUGUUGGAGAAGGUGAGAUAUUGGCCGGAAAGAAGGGAAUCCCCGCUGAACAUGGUGUUGUACGCCUGCUGGCAACUCGGUUGUAAGUUGCAGAGAAGAGAGCAGAACAAGAGAAGCCAUAUCUCAUGCCUUCCCAUCUCUCUCCCUCUCUCUCUCUCUACAGUCGGACAGAGAGGAGGUUUCCCCUGCAUUCCUGUGUUGAAUCUGGAUUCAGAUAACGAAACAUGUUAUUCGGAUCCAAAUCCAUCAAACCCGUUGACUGGCUCCCGUUAUCCUCACCGAGCAAUGGCAGUCUUCAAAGCCCCUGUUAAACCCCUAACUGAACCUUACCAGGUGAGAAGAGGUGAAGCAGGGGUGCAAUGGCGUCCUUCCCUAUCUCCCUCCACCUUACCACGACUACCACUCGUUCUCGUUCUUCGUCACUCUCCUUCCCCUUCCUGAAUGCGCCCUCCCCGUUCCUCAAAAUUCCCGGACCUGUUCUCUUCCGGAAAGCCCCCCAAACCGCCCCACUCGUCAUGGCCGCCCGUGGCGGCGGUUUCCCUCUGCGGGAAAGCUGGCUUACGGGACCUCUUCGAGCCUUCGAUUCCCUCCUCCGCAGGGGCGGUGUAUUCCUUACUGCCACCGCGGUCUUCCUGGGUUGCCUUUCCGCUCCUUUCUUCGGAAACCAGCUUUCCUCCGCCAUCGCCGCCCCGGUCACCGUGGAGGCGCCGGAGACCCAGACGGAGGAAGAGAAGGAACGUUAUCUUGAGGAGUAUCUUGACGCCCAUCCGGACGAUGUCGACGCACUCAAGGCUCUCAUGGAGGUGAAAAUCAAGAUGGGGAAGAUCCCGGAGGCCAUAUCGGUGAUCGACCGGCUUAUUACUCUCGAGCCGGAUGAGAAGGAGUGGCCCUUAAUGCGGGGACAUGUUCGAAGCUACGAGGGAGAUAACGAGGGCGCGAAGCAGGCUUUCGAGGAGAUACUCGCCGCAGACCCCCUCUCCGUUGAGGCAUACCACGGCUUGGUGAUGGCUGCGUCACAGUCGCAGUCGACUCAUGAGCUGGAGGGCAUCUCCAAAAGGAUCGAGUCUGCGAUGGUCUUGUGCCAGAAGGAGCAGAGAAGAGAGGACGCACGCGAUUUCAGGCUGCUCAUGGCCCAAAUUAGGGUCGUGGAGGGCAGAUAUGAGGAAGCAUUGAAGAUUUACCGAGAACUUGUGAAGGAGGAUCCGAAGGAUUUUAGACCUUACCUGUGUCAGGGCAUCAUCUACACGUUGCUGAGGAAGAAGGACGACGCAGAGAAGCAAUUUGAGAAGUACCGGAGGCUCGUCCCCAGAGCCCAUCCUUAUGCCCGCUUCUUCGAUGACAACGUUCUGGCGACGAAAGUUUUCUCACAGAUGGCAGAAAAUCAAAGUGUGCAGAGAUGACCAGGAAUUGAGUUUCCAUUGCAUCCGUUUCAUCUCUUGGAUUAAUUCUAACACCAACCAAAUUACAACUUCAGAAAAUGCCUUAUAGUGAUGAUGAUGAUAAUGAUAAAGUCAAGAUGAUAGUAAUGUUGACGAUGAUGGCAUUGCUGAUUCUGGUGAUGGGGAUGGAGAUGGUCAUAGUGGCAUGAUUGAUUUAUUAUGAUGAUCAAAGUAGUGGCAAUCACAAUGUUGUCAUGGUGAUGGUGGGGUCAUGAAGGUAAUGCUGUUCACAUGGGACAGGUGGUGGUAGGAUUGGUAAUAGUGAUGAUGAUGAUGAAUUGGUGAUUUUGUCCAUCAUUGUGAUGAAUUAUGGUAUGGUGGCAAUUGUCAUGAUGUGUUAAUGUAUGAUAAAGGUUGUGGUGACACUUGACAGUGACACUCUGUGGAUGAUGAUGAUGAUGGUGCUGGUGUUGAUUUGGAAAAUGUGAUCAUGGUUAUGAUGGUUCUCAUCUCAUGUUGAACAAAUAAUGAUAACGGUAGUGAUUGUGGUCUUGAGUUUUGACAAUGAAUAUAACUGCCAUUAGUAUGUUUCAA